AUGGAUGGGCAAAACCAGUCGCCAACUCUGGAUCAACUGAAGAAAGCCAUCCCUCCGGAGUGCUUUGUCUCGUCGCUGACAACUUCGCUGUUGUACCUGGUCCGAGAUGUGAUUUAUGCCACAGUCCUUGUAGCGCUGGCGCUGCAGAUCGAUAGUAUUCCAUCCCAGUCCCUGAGAGUCGUAGCAUGGACGUUGUACAUGUUCGCUCAAGGAUGUGUUGGGACCGGAAUCUGGAUUCUGGGACACGAAUGUGGUCAUGGUGCUUUCUCCAAAUAUGAGAAGGUGAACGACUUCCUCGGCUGGCUUACUCACUCUUCACUCCUGGUUCCCUACUUCUCGUGGAAAAUCACUCAUGCUCGCCACCAUCGCUAUACCGGACAUAUCACCAAGGACGCUGUCUUCGUCCCUGAGACAGAGGACGACCUCAAGAAUCACAAUGUCUCUCGUUUCAAUCAACUACUCGACAUGGCCGAGGAGACUUCUAUCGUUACGAUUUUGCGACUACUCCAACAUCAAUUGAUGGGAUGGCAGUUGUACCUGAUUUUCAACCUCACCGCUGGAAAGCAGAGCUUGCCUAAUGGCGAGAAGCUCGAGCCCCGACGCGACAUGAGCCAUUUCACAAUGUCUAGCAAGCUCUUUCUCCCAUCGCAGAAGAUUUUGGUCGCAAUCUCAGAUCUUGGACUCCUCUUGACUCUGGGUUCUCUUUGGCUUGCUGCCCAGCACCUUGGUUACCAAAAGGUGGCGCUCCUGUACUUCGGACCAUAUCUAUGGGUUCAUCACUGGCUAGGUAAGACAUUCCUUGCUCUUCCGCUCUUGGCGCGUGCACUGACCAUUACCCCUUCAGUGGCAAUCACAUAUCUUCACCAUACGCACCCGGAUGUGCCACACUACACCGACGAAGCUUGGACCUACACCAAGGGUGCUCUGGGGACCAUCGACAGAAGCGUGGGUUUCAUCGGCCGACACUUCUUCCAUGAAAUCAUCGACUACCAUGUUGUCCACCAUCUAUUCCCCAGAAUUCCAUUCUACCACGCAGAGGAAGCAACCAAGGCCAUUCUACCAUUACUGGGAUCACAGUAUGUGGAAGCCAAGGAGGAAUGGUUUAUGCAGUCGCUGUUCUCUACUUUCAAGUCCUGCCAGUAUGUCGCAGAGAAGAAAGGCGCCCAGAGUUCCAAGGGUGAUGGCAAACUAUUCUGGGUCAUCAAGGGCCGCAGUGACUGA